AUGAAUCAAAUAAGUGAGGCACCUGUGGAAGAAAACACUGAAAUUGUAAAGGAAGAAAUAUUAGAUGGUAAAUCGAAGUUAAGAAAAUGGCUCAAUAUGAACUUCAGGAUUGAAAUGACCGACGGCAGAGUACUUAUAGGAGUGUUCUUAUGCACUGACAGAGACGCCAACGUUAUAUUAGGAGCCUGUUCAGAGUACCUCAAAAAUAGUGACGGAGAAACAGAAGAGCCCAGAACAUUAGGGUUAGUUAUGGUUCCUGGACGUCACAUUGUCUCAAUUCAGAUUGACGAUACAACUCCUCCCCAAAAAUAUUAUUAUGAAGACUGACUAAUGCCAGCUGUGAUCUUUGGUAUAGUUUUGUUAUUAAAUCAUUUAUAGAUUGUACUAAUUACAUGUUAUGUUGUACAUAUUUUUCUUUGCUAUUUUGGAAAAAUCUAUGAACCUUAUUAUGUAAACUUUUUACACUUUAGUUGCCAAUGAGUACAUAAUUUACUCAAUGUUAGUUGCUCACCCAAUACAAAAACAAAAAAAAAACAGCUAUAGAUAACAGUGUUUCCAACUAUCAAGAUGCAAAAACUGUCAAAAAGUUGUACAAAGAAAAUUACAAAUAAAUUGUGGAUUGUAGAGUAACAUUACAUUUGCCUGAAUUGCUGUUGACAUGCAAAUAAGGGAGUUUUUUAAUCUGAUUAUACAAAAAACCUUCAGCCAUAUCC